AUGAUGUCUAUAAUGCGCCUAUCCAAAGGCCCUAACCCACGAGUCGUGCUGGCCCUGCGGAUACUGUGGGCCGUUCUCAUCCUGGGUUGUGAAUACGCAACUUUCGCUUGGACGGCCAGCCAAUGUCCAUGGCCUUCCCUCACUUCUCCGGCAAGUUCGCAGGUCUCCCGAAUCCUCAUUGUCGCCGACCCGCAGAUUCUCGACCACGGCUCGUAUCCCGACCGAGGCAUCAUCCUCACUUUUCUUUCACGCGUCUUUACCGACUUGAACUUGCGGCGGAGCUGGCGGGCCGCGCUACGGAAGCAACCUGAUGCAGUUGUGUUUCUCGGAGACAUGAUGGAUAACGGAAGAGUGAACAUGUCGGAUGACGAAUACGAGAGAUACUACGCCCGUUUCAACAGCAUUUUUGCACAAGAUGAAUCUACACCGCGAUAUUUCGUUCCCGGAAACCAUGACACGGGCAUUGGUGCGGCUAAAAUGUUCUCACCUGAAGCUCAUAACCGCUAUUUGAAACACUUUGGCCCGCCAAACCACGUUCAGACGAUGAGCGGCUAUACUCUGGUCUUCGUAGAUGCACCUAGUCUCGUCGAAGAAGAAUAUGAACGCACCGCUAAGGCCAUUCAGUUUAACCAGUGGACUCCGGUGAAAGGGGGACCGGUUGAAUUUAUACACACAUUCCACAAAAAUAAAACCGAUUCCCCAAUCAUCCUGUUUACCCACAUACCGCUAGCAAGGCCGGAAGGUGUUGACUGCGGACCGCUGCGGGAGCGAGGGACAAUACACCGUGGCGGGGGUAUUGGAUACCAAAACACGCUGGGGCAACAGAUGUCACAUUUUAUCCUAGACCAAGUUCAGCCGUCUCUUAUAUUUAGUGGAGACGACCAUGAUUACUGCGAGUACAUCCACACUUUAAACGAUUCCACUCGGAUCCGCGAAGUGACGGUGAAGUCGCUUUCUAUGGCCAUGGGUAUCAGGCGGCCUGGCUUCCAGCUGUUGUCACUCGCCUUGCCGUCUUCUGCCCCCGUUAAGACAGUGACCCAUGCAGAUGCACCUUGUUUGAUGCCGGAUCAGCUGGCAAUAUAUUUGUCAGUAUACCUGCCUCUUAUUGCGGCGUCCCUUCUGGUGCUCCUUGUUUUGAACGUACUCGGUUCCUCUCGCGCGCCACGGCGUUCAUCGAAUGCAUCGUUGACAAGGAUGACUUCUCGUCCACGGAGUGAUCUGGACGGUAGCGACGACGACCUUCCCAAGCCGAGUACGGUCGCGAAAGGACGUCAUCAAGGAUUCGCACUCCGCGUGCAAUCACGAUUGUGGCGAGGAUGGCGAUUGCGAACAUCUGCUCCGCGAUCAGGGUUGGGCGGUGGGACUAGAAGGUGGUUGGCAGGGUUCGUGUCGGACGCAUGGGACGUUGCGGUGGUACCGCUGGGGUUAUUCAGCGUUCUGGCAGUGUACACGCUGUGGUCGUAA